GACCAUCUGAUUUAUAUUAAAUGUCAACAACAGUCCUUAGAAAAACAAAAGCUAAUGAAGACAUUGAAGUACUCAGAAAGACAUGCAAAGAAUGAAACUAUAAUGUACAUUUGGAUGCUCAUCAUAAAGCAUACAAUUUAUGGGCCAGAUUGCAUUUUAAUGCCAGGACUAAUUUUGACACCCAGUCUGCCCCUGUAAAUACACAUCCUGCCUUUGACAGCGACCACCUUCCUGUUCUUUUAGGACCAAUUAUCGCCACUUAAACAGCAGCAACAAUGGUUGUAAAGACAAUGACUUUACCACAUUGAUAGUAAAGUAAUAGGAUUAAUCCCAAGAUGGUGUGUGGAAGCAUUAUACUUUAUAAACAUUCUAUAAUAAUUUGAAGCCCUGAAUUGAACAUGCUAUGGCUGAACCUAUAUUUGCAUGUACAAUGAAAGACCUACAGCAAAAUGGUGAUAGAAAAAGAAUGACUAUAGAUGGCAAAGACAUCUUUAUAUUAUUACACAAAGGUCAACUUGAUAGUUUUUGUUACCAUGCUGGUGGUCCCUUGUACCUAGGUGAUAUUAAGGACACAUCAGAAUACUCAUGUUUUGUUUGCCCAUGGCAUAAAUAUAAAUUAACUGUGCAAUCAGGAGAGGGACUGUACUAUUCCGUGAAUCCACAAGACCUGAAGUCACCUCCACAACUUUGUUCUAAGGGUGCAAAACAGAGGACACAUGUAGUCACCAGACGAGAGGACAGGUUAUACAUCACCUUUUCCUACACAGUGAAGCCCCUUGGAACCGUCGAGUCUGAUCAUUACAACGGCUUGUUGAUAAAAUAAUUUCAUCUUUGAAGAAAGAAAAAUUUUUCCAGCCAUAUUCCUUCUGUCUGCCGAGUAGACUUCUUAAAUUUUAGAUGUUCUGUGUCAUCUUUUCCUGUGAUGAUCAUGUCGUCUUGAUUGCAUUGUACUCCUGGCAGUUCAUUUAAGAUAAUAUCCAUAGUUCUUUGCCAUAUCGUAGGAGCUGAUGUGAUCCCAAAAACGAGUCUGUUGUACACAUAUAGGCCUUUUUUUGUAUUGAUGGUUGUUAAAUGUUUUGAAGCUUCAUCUAGUUGAAGUGUAAGAUAUGCUUGUCAUAUAUCUAUUUUUGCGAAUUAGUCUCCUUUUUCUAAGUUUGCAAGAAUAUCUUCUAUUCUUGGUAGAGAAUAUUGUUCGACUUUUAAUACUGGGGUUGAUAGUUACAUUGAAGUCAGCACAUAUUUGAUCAUCGCCUGAUGGUUUCAUUAUUGGUACAAUUGGUGUUGCCCAAUUGCUGUAAUUCACUUUAGACAGAAUUCCUUCAUUCUCUAGUUUAUUCAACCCCUUUUCUACUUUUGCCUUGAUAGCAUAAGGUACUGGCCUUGCAUUGCAGAAUUCUGGUUUAGCAUCAUCAAAGCUUGUCUUGGAGUCUGAAGAUCAAUGAGGAGCUGAGUCAUGUUGUUAUGCAGCCCCAGCUGAGACCUAAUAUUUUGAUAGCAUAAAGUACUGGCCUUGCAUUGCAGAUUUCUGGUUUAGCUUCAUCUUUUAUUGCUAUGUUUGCAUGCAUGUUUCUGACAGUGCCUAUUCCUUCUGAGAAUGACAGAUGACCAAGAUUAAUAAUUUUAACUGUUGCUAAUGCUGAAUUUUUUUUCAUUGGUUUGAAAAAAAAAAAAAUCUGACGAUGUAAUGUUUUGACUGAAAGUCGUUUAGCAACCAAUUCCUUUGCCAUAUAGUUAAAACUUUUGGUUUAUUGUUAUGAUUGUAUUUGAUGGCUAGUGUUAAGUUUUUUAUCGGUUUGUAAAAAAAAAUUAAAAAUCAGAUGAUGUAAUGAUUGACUGAAAGUCAUUUAGCAACCAAUUCCUUGGCAUUUGUGUCACUAUAAAUGUAUCCAAAUAAUCUAAAAAACACUUUUCAAUUGUUGUGAUGAUCAAAGUGGCAACAGGAUGAAACCUUCCAUGUAUCAAAAUUGAAACUUCCAUGUCUCCAAUCUUUCUAUAAUGGCAGCUUUCAUUUUAUAUUGUCAUAUAACAUGCUCACAAUUUAGUUCAUGAAAAUGUUUUGCUUCAAUCAAAUAAUGAAAUUGUGUUUGGACUUUAUUGAAAAACUGUAAAGCUUUGUAAUAAAAUUCUCAAACUUUCAAGAA